AUGGCCGGCUCUUGGAACGAUCUCCCCUGGGAUGUAUGGGUGAUUAUCUUCGAGAUAUUGCGAAGAACUUCGUUCAAGGUGUCGAAAGAACGAUUCGAUCCCUCGGAGCGCGCCCUGCAAAACCACACUGCAUCGGCCUACGCCACUGUCUGCCGGGCUUGGCAGUCCUUCUUCGAGAAACGGAACUUCAGAACCCUUGUUCUACACCAAUCCGACAUACCUUUGUUCGAGCACUAUGUGCAUGGUGAACGCAGGUACUGGGUGGAAUGGGUAUGGUUGCGGGUGGAGCUCCCAAAGUACAACUGCCGCAAGUGCCAUAAACAAGAGUCGCCCAAGGAGAUCAGGAGAAACAAUACUUGCUUCACCAAUGCGAUUGCUCGUCUCUUCGCCGUCCUUUCGACAUGGCCCAUAUACACGGGCUACCGGCAUCGCGGGGUAGCCCUGGACCUCAGUGUGCACUCCCCUAGCGAUGUGGAACAUUUCUGCCAGGAGUUGAAGUCUCAAAGCUAUGAUUCAGCCUGGAUCGAUUCUCCAGAGUGGCCAGAUCUCAUAAGCUGGCGAGAGGUGUCUAUCUACGACGAGAAGCAUUGUUGGAUAGGCACGGAGCCGCGUCCCUGGCUGGGGCGGGGCGAGUUGAGAAGAGUAUUCGGACGCCCCGGAGGGUUGUCACUUGACUUCCGCGCCUCUUAUGCCAAACAUCUGAACGGCACCCUCCCAAAGGUGGUCUGCGUCAGCUUGCUCAUCAUACGCCGGCAAUUCUAUCGCCACUAUUCAGUUUCCAACGCUCUGAAGCCGAUCCUUCACAGCCUGCAGGGACUUCACGGCUUCAGAUAUGAGCCCUGGCGUGGAGUUGAUACUGAAGGACGUUCUGGACUUGCGAUACGAGAUGAAGAGCAUCGACUCCUACUGUCUGAACUCGGAAAUAUGCCCAAUCUGGGGGCAGUAUCCCUCUUUGAAAAUUCCGCCCACGACUACCACGGCCGAAUAAUCAAGGAGCACGAUCCCGCAUUAGCAGAGGCGCUUGCAAAGUCGAGCCAGAACCUUGCCAACCUCCAUAUCUCCCACAUGAUUGAUGGAAAGGAUUUCCUUAAUGCCGCCUACCGAGACGUUCGGUUAUCGAACGAACUGAUGUGGCAUAGACUGAAGUUCAUAUCUCUGACUUCUCCCGCCCUCAGUAUCAACGGCCAUGACACCCUCAUCCAGACAGCAGCAGUAGCAGCACGAUCAAUGCCCUUGCUUGACCUCAUGGAGAUCUGGCAUGCCGAGCAGCACCAAGCAUGCAUAUUUCGAUUCUCGCGAGUACAAGACCGGCCGUGCAUCCAGCUUUUCAGCACCUGGAGCGGACCAUUCAGCGCACGAGCGAUUUCACGCUGGAAAGCGGCGACGAGAGACUGCCAUUACGAGCUCGAACAAGAAAUAUACUCGCUCACUCCAGCCUCCGCAUCCUCCGGUAUCUCUAUACUUCCGCAUCUGAACCUGGUCGUGUGCGUGUUGCACUUGAGAUCUCUCUGUCAGCUCCUCUCACUGCUUGAGCCGAGCGAAAUUCUUGAGCAGUUUGUUGAGCAGCAGCGGGUCCAGUAG